UCUUUUUCCUCGUGGCAUUAUAACACAUAAAAGAAAGGAGAUUGUGAGGUAUUCAGAAAAUACAGUUGUUCUAACGAUCUAAACAUGAUGAAUAUUUUUGUUGUUGGGUUUGCGCUACUAGGAGUAAAUGAAGCUUACAAGUGUAUGAAUCCUCCAGAAAUGAAUUGGCCUGAUAGGGUCAGAAUAUGUAAUGGAGAAUUUAAAAAUAAUCCUGGAUGUAAUGAUGAAUAUACAAAGCCGUAUAAAUAUGAUGAUAUAGAAAGCGCCCUUGUAGCAGACCCAAAUCUCCUAUCCUUCGUUGAGGAUUCUUGUAAAAUAUACUCUCCGGAACUUCCCCUUGACCAUGAACAAUGUCCAAUUGAUGGCGGUGACCUUGGAAAAACGCUAGGCAGAUGUGAGAAGGUUUGUCCGGGCAAUUAUGUUAACAUAACAGCUGUAAAUGUGGAAAUGUUUGACGAGGACAUACACAAAAUCAGACUGACCCAGUGUUAUGUUGUACGUCCAUGGGAACAGAAAGUUUUCUACAUGAAAUGCACAAAUGAUCAACCUUCCUUUAAAAGCAAAUCAUUUAAGUGUGUUCCAGACAACUUCAUAAAACGUAGGGUUGCCGUAUUCUGUCCAGAACUUAAAGAACACCAAUGUCAAAAAGUGGACAUCGAAUUACCCACUAACUGUGCUGCAAGUCGAUUUGAAUGUGUCCAACCGAAGAAAUCAAAGAAAGAACUCGUAAACAGCUUUUUUGAUUCAUUGUUUUUGUAGGGGUUUUUUUUCAAAAAACUAUCCACACGGUGUGCUGUAGGUCAAAUUUAAUGUUAUCAUCAAAAGCAACAGGAGAAGAAGGAAAAGAUAACAUGCUUCACAUUUUGAACCUCACUGAUUCGGAAAGUUUUUAAAUCCAUGCAGACUGUGAUAUCUUGUUGUUGUUUGUAAUAUUGUUCAUUUCAUCAUCAAUUAUGCCAUGUUUUUGUAAUAGUGACUUAUGUUUAAAUAAAACAAACUUU